AUGUACCUCAAGUAUUAUCUGGACGAGGAGGGAAAGCGAGUUUACACCCUCAAGGUAAGUUUGGUGUAAUUUUUUCUGUUUCGUGUGGAUUAUAAUGGGAUCUCGGGUUUUUCUUGUAGAAGACUUCUUCCGACGGUCGUAACACUUUGUCCGCGCAUCCAGCCAGAUUUUCCGAAGCCGACAAGAAUUCCAAGUACAGACUUUUGAUCAAGAAACGUUUCAAUCUGCUGCCAAAGCUCGAAGACCAGAAAUAUUGAAAAUGUUGUUAUGGGAAUGGAGAAGACUUCUUCGGCAACGUUUUCGCUCAACUCCAAAAACUCCCGUUACUUAUAAAGCUGUAAGUCUUUUGCGUAGCGUAUUACUUCUUUUUUGUUUUAGGUUUUGAAGAAGAAGAUCAUGCUUUCUUUUGUUGUUUUUUCCAUUUCUUGGCAUUUUUUGGGCGACUUUAUCACCGACAAUUUAUUUUUUCAUAAGGAUGAGGAGACGGACGAAGUUAUAUUUACACCUCCUAGGGUCGUUAAAGAGGAAAGGGAACGUCGUCUUCGGGAACAUCACGAGAAGAAUGCGCCCAUAUCCCAACAUAAUUUUGUGUAUGAUGCCUAA